AUGGGCUCCAGCUAUAACUCCGGUGAAAUUUCCGAGUUGGAAAGAACGGAAUCACUAUGGCUGUGUCAUAAAGAUAGCCUCGAAAACAUAAUCAGCUCACGAUCUAAACAGUCAUCAGUCAACGAAGAAGUGAAUAUACUAAAAAACGGAAAUUUAGAGCCCGGAUCGCAAAUUCAAAAUCAUGUUGAUAAAAAUUUUCAUAAUAAAAGACACACGAUCAAUUUGUUGGAUUUUAAGACUAUUUUAAAGUUAAAGGAGAUAGUAGAGAAGCCGUUCUUACAGCACCCGGACUCAACAGAACCUUUAAAUGAAGAACAGGUGGACUACACAGAUGAUGUGUCUGAAACGAGCACGUCAAUCAGCGAGUGCGAUGAAAACGAGUCGCCGAUGGAAGAAUCGGACGAAGAAAAAAGUGAGCCAGUAGAUUUAAAAGAAAUGAUGAUUUAUCAAACGAUAAGGUUCAUGGACUACCGAAGGUUUUCAAGAAGGUUCAACGGGAUAAGAAAGCCGGUGUCGAACAAGAAGGCGCUACUUAUCUGCCUGUUCUGCUCAGUGCUGGCGCUGGUGCCGUUCAUAGUAUUCAGAAAGUUCGACCAGUACUACGUGGUGAGCAUACAAGUGAAGAGAGGAGCAAUGGCCUACGUGUCGUCGCUCGCGUUCCUGGGAGCAGCCUUCCUGCUGGCGAAGAUACAGCUGAAGCUGCCGCUGAGACUGCCAGUGAUCCUGUCGUACAUGUUCAUGUUCAUAACGCUCAUAGUGCUUAUCGUCAUGAGGAACAUAGCGAACAUAGAGAAGUACGUGUGGCCGCUCCUGAUCUCGUACGCGUCAGUGCAAAUAUUCCUCAUAUCACUCACGAGGGCGUUCAUAUACUUUGUGCCGAUACUGGCGCUUAACGGGAAGUUCUUCCCGUGCACGGAGCACUUCCAACUGCUGAAAAGGACGAUGACGAAAAGGAAGAUGAACAUAACAGUCAGCAGGUACAACGACUACACAUCGAUCUGGGAGACGCGCUCGUGCGGAUUCUUCAUGUGCAUCUACAGAACACUCUACAGACUGGUGAUGUACAUAAAAAAGAAGAUGAACCCAAGGAAGGAGUUCUCGAAGAGCAGAGGUAAGGAGUAUAUGUUAAUAAAAAAUGUAGACACGCCGCUAUUCGGGCACCAGAUGAGGUACUACGGGAAAAUAGACUCGAACAACCUGCCUCACGGCUACGGCGAGUGGCUGGAGGACCACAUAUACGGAGAGCGUCUGCACGGAUACUGGUGGCACGGGUACCCAGUGGGCCCCUUCACGUCGCAGGAAAUAGGCUCGGGCUCGAUCUUCGUGAAUAACCGAGUGGCAUUCAUGACGGGUACGCACCUGGCAAAGGGGAAAAGGCGCUACGGAGUCUCCUCAACGGAGUGCUCAAUCUCAGGAUACUUCUUCAGACAAAUGCCAAGAACAUACUUCUUCAACCCAGAGGUAAGCGAGAUACGGAGCAGAAAUAGGAACGUUAAUACGAUGACAUAUACAGAUAUAUGGGCACCAAUGCACAUACAAACAUCGAAUAAGAACAAGUGCGACGUCUUCUUUUUGCUUCAAAGAAGUUUUGAAAAUAUAAUGGGAUCAUCGCCACAGUGGUGUAUAGGAAUGCUUAAAAGACAGUUUCACUUGAAUAAGCCGAGCGAUCAGAGUCACAUGAGUAUAUACGUGGAUAAGCUGACAGAUUCACUGAAGAUAGAAGGGCAUAGAGUAAGACCAGGAGAAAAAAGUAACAUCACGCCGGACGAGUUGGUUAUCAAGUUGGUUAAGUACCAAGGGAAGAGUAAAAGCAUGCCGGCACUGCAGAGAACAAGUCAGCCGAAGAAGUCAGAGUUGCCGCUGUAUAAAGCGUUCACAACAAGAUUUAUUUCACAGAAACACAACGACGCGAAAGAGGCACAGGAAAGUAGCAACAAACAAAUUAAAAGUAAAAUCUCGAUGCUGAUAAGAGACGAAGAUGAGUGGGAGAAUAAACAGCAAAUGUAUAACCAUAAAAUAGUGGCAAACGGAUGGUGUAGAGUAAGGCCAUCGACGAAGAGCGACUUAAUCUCAGAGACAGUAGUAUUGUAUAUACACGGAUAUAAUACUACACUGAGCGAGGCGUGCUCACAAAUGGCACACAUAGUGUCGUUCGCAAAGCUGCCGCCGUACGUACUGCCAAUCGUGUUCAACUGGAAGGGGCACAGCUGGGGAGUAUUCUCAGCAUUCUCGUACCCAAAGGCAGUGAAGAGGUGCCAAAACCCGAACAUAGUGGAGGCGUUCAACGUGCUGAUCGACGACCUGAUUAACCUGGGAAUCAAAAACGUGCACUUCCUGGUGCACUCGUGCGGAGCGAGGAUCUUCUUCAACGUUAUCAGCUCAGCAAUAAGGAACGGGUAA